CCCCUCCCCCCACCUCCGCCCACCUCCACCCGCCCUCCCCUCUCUUCCACUCUCUCCCCCCACCAUCCGCCCACCUCCUCUGAUCCCUCCCUCACUCCCUCUCCAAUUUUGGUUGUUCUUGUGCAUUUCCGCCGGACAAACAAGCCAAGUCCGGCGCCGCCCCGUCAACCAGUGGCUAGCGGAGGAACUACAGCUAGCAAUCUUGUCCAGGCUGCCGACCCCUGCCUCCAUCGGAAUGAAAGAUUGAGAAAAAUAUGGAAAGGAAAUCUGGCUGGAGAUUACGGAAGUGAGAGAAAGAGAGAUUUUUAAUGAAUAGAUUUUUGUAACUACCUUAAAUGUAAUUUAUUAAAAAAUUAAUUAAUAUAAUUUAUUUUUCCAUACCCAAUUUACCCUUAGUAAC